CACUCAGUUUUGCCCCCCUGGCCUCCCCCGCCCCCGGCCUGCUGUAGAUCAUGCCGCCGGCCGCGGCUGUGACUGCCGGGGAAACGGUGGCUUAGGACAGCUGGCUGUUAAGUAACACUGAGUCUCCCCUUCCCGCCUGAGCCGAGAGAGAGAGGGGGGGGGCACGUCCCACGCCGCGUGAGGGGGUGGGGAAGCGGGGGUGAGUUUGGAUCCGCCAGGGAGGGGGGAGUGGAAGUUCCCGCCCCGGACAGCGGCACCGCGGCAGCCACAGAGUUGAUUAUGGAAGAGUCCCACAAGAGUAACACUUCAGAGACAGCACCUCAGCCUGGUUCAGCAAUUCAAGGAGCUCAUAUUUCUCAUAUUGUGCAACAGGUAUCGUCUUUAUCAGAAAGUGAGGAGUCUCAGGACUCAUCCGACAGUAUAGGUUCCUCACAGAAAGUCCACGGGAUCCUUGCACGGCGCCCAUCGUACAGAAAAAUUUUGAAAGACCUAUCUUCUGAAGAUACACGAGGCAGGAAAGGAGACGGAGAAAACCCUGGAAUUUCUGCUGUCACUUCUAUGUCUGUCCCAACUCCCAUCUAUCAGACUAGCACUGGACAGUACAUUGCCAUCGCCCCAAAUGGAGCCUUACAGCUGGCCAGUCCAGGCACAGAUGGAGUACAGGGACUUCAGGCAUUAACCAUGACAAAUUCAGGCAGCACUCAGCAAGGAACAACAAUUCUUCAGUAUGCACAGACCUCUGAUGGACAGCAGAUACUAGUGCCCAGCAACCAGGUGGUCGUACAGACUGCAUCAGGAGAUAUGCAGACCUAUCAGAUCCGUACCACACCCUCAGCUACUUCGCUGCCACAGACUGUGGUGAUGACAUCUCCUGUGACUCUUACAUCGCAGACCACUAAGACAGAUGACCCCCAGUUGAAAAGAGAAAUCAGGUUGAUGAAAAACAGAGAAGCUGCUCGAGAAUGCCGCAGAAAGAAGAAAGAAUACGUGAAAUGCCUGGAGAACAGAGUUGCGGUCCUGGAGAAUCAGAACAAAACCCUGAUAGAAGAGCUAAAGACUUUGAAGGACCUUUAUUCCCAUAAAAGUGUUUGAUUUUUAAGGAUGUUCUGUGGACUUGCCUAACAAUUAGAUGGAUUUCUUUGUAGUGGAGUUUAUAAAUUAAAAGGUCAAAUAAAUGAAGCAUUUUUAUCUAGGCAUUUUCAACUCAGCUUAUACAAGAGAUCUCAUGACAGAGGAUAAAGUGGGAAGUGGCCUCAAAGAAGUUACUGACAACUGGAAACUGUAAAAAAUCAAACUUACUCAAGAAACAGGAAACAAACCAUCAGUUUGAAUGCUCGAAAUAACAAUAGUUGUCUAUAAUCUAGAAGUGGCAGAUAAAAUUUGGUAAGUUGAAUUUUAAAGAAUUGAUCAAUUUACCUUGUAGUUUGAAUUUCUUCAAGUUUACCUUUAUUCAAUUGUGUGUAUAUUUUAUUUCUGCCAAUAAAUUCCAAAUUUCAAAUGUAAAAAAGUUAAUGAAUAACUAGAUAUAUAAAUUAUGUGACUUGAUUAUGUAGAUAUGUCCUAUUGUCAAGUCUUCUAAAUGGGUUUUUAAAAGUUUGUUUACUGGACUUGAGAGGGUUUUUGAGACCUGGGUAACUAGUUUUGAAGUCUGUCCUCGAAGGCAUCUUAGGUACAUGAUGCAAGGAGUGAAGUAAUUUUGUAAUUUUUUUUUUUUAUCAGAAUGGAAAUAGAACUGUUUAAAAGUUUGAUACUUUUAAAUACGUUUGUUUUUUGGUUACUCUGGGAAUGGUGAUUUUUCUUACAGAUAUAUAAUUGUUUUUUGAUUCUAUAUUCUGUAUGCAGUUGAAUAGACAUUACUUACUUACUCUGUUAUGCUUCAUAGAAAGGAAUGUUUACAGGGCCUCGAGAUGAUAUUAAGAGUAUUUAAAAAAAAAACCCAGAAGAUGCAUACCAAAGUUUUCAAGAAAAUUUUAUAAUUGAUUUAAUGUAAGGUUUCUCAUAUUCUAAAGUAGUAGUACAGUUACAAAGGCAGUUUUAUGUCAGAGACUAUUUUGUAAUUAGUGAAUGGUACAUUUAUAAGGAAAGUGGCUGCCAAUAUAUUUUUAUAGCUAAUCUUUAUAAAUUCUAAUGUUGAGUUUUUAAUGAUUUUAAAUGUUUAUAUAGUUUAUUCGGGGAAAAAUAUUUUGCAUCUCAAAGCAUAAUUUUUAUAUUAUGGGAAUUAAAAUUUUGCUGAUUGGCUAAUGUUUGAAUUGUAAAGUUUAUAUGCAGUUUAUCCAAAGUUCAGAAAUGCUAUCAGUAAACCAUUGUUUAGCCUUUCUAUUCCAAACUGUAUACACUUUGAAUAACUAUUGUGUGCUUGUUAUACAGUAUGUAUCAUAUUGUUUAUGAAAUUAAAGGAUAUUUGAUAGAAAA